CUUUUGAAAGUGGUAUUCUAGUAAAAAAAAACAUUGCUAUUAAUUGCAAAGUAAAUUGUUUUAAAUUAUGAACCUACCAAUUUAUAAUUAAUUCAGGCAUGAAGUAAAGCUGGUGUACUUGAAAAAUAUUACUUAUUUUCGUUAAAAAAAUUUUUUUUAAGUGAAUAUUUUGAAAAUUGUGAUAAAUACAGAAAACUGUGCACAAAUAAAAUGCACAGAUCAUACCAAAUCAACAAAAACAAACUAUUUAUGACACCCACCGUCUCAGAUUUUGUCGAAACUUGGCAUGGUUGUUCAAUUUAUUUAUGUAAGUAACCAUACCAAUUUGUUUUGCUCUAUCUCUAGUGGUUUAGAUUUUACAGCCCCUUAAAGUUUAUGGAUUAUUGGCAUUUUAAUCAUCUGGCCGCCGUUAACUAGAUGUGUUGUCCGAUGGAAAAAAAUUAAUAUUUUUUUUUAUUUACUAACCAUUUUGUCUGAAAAAAUUUUUAUGUUUGGAUCAAUGUUGCAGGAAUAAUAUAAAAAAUAAUGUAGCAGGAAUAAUAUAAAAAAUGAACAAAACUACUACGUGUUUAUUUCGAACCAUAAUAAAAUCUCAAAGUGUAAUUUUUAUGAUUAUCGAAACAAAAUGUAGAGUUUUACGGAAUAUGGUAAAUCUCAUAAAGGGAAAAGAAUAAUCAUGAAAUCUCUGUUUUAUUUUUGUUCUAAAAGAUUUGUUCUACCACAUUAAACAGUAAGAUUCGUGGUUUUUUUACUCCUUUGAUAAUUUUUUUCACUUCAAAACACAAAAAUGAGUUAAUUAUUUAAUUUUGGUUAAAAAGCUGCUUUGGCUGCUAUUUGCCUGCCUGUGUUUCUGAAUUAUAUACAGAUGAUUAAAAUACCACAUUUUUCUUUUGGUAUCCCACACACUUUUUUAUAAAAUAAAUUACCUUAUUUGCUGAUUCCUGUUUCCCACGCUGUCAAAGCCCUGCAUUCGUGCCAUGACACCAUCCUGUUCCUUUUCCACUCGCAAAUACAUAAACAACUGCCAGUGUAGUUUACCUAUUUUUUUGUGUUUGUGCCUGGCUGCGGACUUUACACACCCCUUCCCCCGUCUUCUGUGCUCGCCCUCUUCCAGAUCCAGAUGCAAGAUCUUCCCAGGAGAUAAGCCAUAAGGCCAGCAACUGAUACAAUCCGUGCAUAGAGAGAGAAUAAGGCGGGCUGUGUGUGACCUUGUGCAUGUCCGAACCUGCCUUCCCCUCACAGCAGCAUUAUUUAAUGUUUAAUUUAGUAGUUUAGUUUAGUAGUUGCCAUGAAAGAAGUAAGAUUGGUGCUUAUACAUAACAGUCACUUAAGGUAAAUGAGUGUUAUUGAUAGUAUUUAUGUGUUUUUAUUAAACUUUGUGAGUACCAAAGUGCAUUGUUGUUAUGUUUUGUUGAACAAUGGAGAAAAAGUGCAGUGUUGGAGAAACUACUGAAAGUGAUUGCCAUCUGUUACACUAUGUCAAGGACAAGUCUAUACAAGGUAUUGAAAAACUUUCUGAAGAAGAUUUGAAUCUUUUGACAUUAAGAUGUGAAUCCAACAAGUUAACAACUGUUUGCCUUCACCAUGAAAGUGUGUUUUUAAAGAAGUAUGAAUUUUUACAAAAGGUGUGUUGUGAUCCUUUUAAAAGACAUAAAACUGUUAUUAAAAAAGCACUUCGUGUUUUAACUGUACAACAGAGUAGAAUCAUCUUAUCAAAAGGGUACAAGGUUAAACCUGGUCAGAAAUUUUGUGCCUUUUGCAGGAAUAAACUUUUAAAAGAUAAAGAAGAUAUAGGUUGAAAGUAAUGAUGAGUACGAGAAUGGACAAACAAAGGAUAUAGGACUAACAUUUAGAAAUGAACUAAACCAACUUCAAAAAAAUACUGUAAUUGACGAGCUAAAUUCUUCCUUUCAUGAAAUUGGAUGUUCACCAAUGAAAUUACAUGCACUUGGUCAUCAUAACAAAUCAAGUUAUGCUAAAGAAAAGCUACAAAAAGUUCAUGAAAAAGUAAAAUCAAAAAUUGAAACUGUUCUUGAAGUUGAUUUACCAGAAGAAAAAAAUUGUUGGAAAAAAGUAUGUUGCAGAACAGUGAAGACAUGGAUAAACUAGUGAACAUUAUUAAAAAGGAAAUUAUAGGUGCAUCAAGAAAAAAAAUAAAAGAAACUUUUAACACAUCUGAUUAUUCUGUUCGUAAGGCUCAACAUGGGUUUAAAGACAAGGGUUUUUUAGGUGAACCAGACCCUAAGUAAGGGAAACAGCUAAGCCUUGAAACUAUUGAUUUAGUAAAACAAUUUUAUCAGAGUGAUGAACAUUGUAGAAUUCUGCCAGGGAUGAAGGAUGUCAUGAGUAUAGGAAAAAAGGUUUAUGAGAGAAAGCGUUUGAUUUUGUGUAAUCUUUCUGAGCUAUACUCAAGUUUUAAAUGGGAGCAUCCUCAUUUGAAAAUAGGUUUUUCAAAAUUCUGUUUCUUGAGACCUAAAUGGUGCGUUUUAGCUGCCUCUAGUGGCACACACUUAGUAUGCGUGUGCACAAUACACCAGAAUGUUAUUUUAUUGAUUCAUGGAGCCGGUAUAGAGGAAGAUUACAAAGAACUGAUAUUGCUCAUGGUUUGUGAAGGAGCAACAAGAGAAUGUAUGUUAAGGCAUUGUGACAAAUGUUCAUCAAAAGAUAACCUUGUCCAUUUUUUACAGACAAAGUUUGAAGAAUAUGACAAUGAAGACGUUAUUGAGUUCAGUCAGUGGGUUUCCACAGAUCGAACUGAAAUAAGGUGUUCCAGCUCUGUUGAAUUUAUAGAAACAUUAGUUGAAAAACUCAACAAAUUAAUACCUCAUUCUUACAUUGCCAAAUCAUAAGCAUCUUCUUUCAAAAUUUUAAAGGAAACAGCUAUUUCCAAUGUAGCUGUAAUUUCAAUGGACUUCAGUGAAAAUUAUGCUUUCACGAUACAAGAGGAAGCCCAAGGUUACCACUGGACCUCAGAUUCAUACACUAUUAAUUCUUUAAUCAUUCACUGCAAGGAUGCAACUGGCAAAAAGCUUGUUCUACCUUUUUGCAUCAUAUCUGAUAACCUCAAACAUGAUGUAAGUAUGGUGUACGAAAUCCAAAAAACUAUGACUGCCUUUUUGAAAGAGAACCACCCACACAUUAAAGAGAUUCAUUACUUUAGUGAUGGGUGUGCAGCACAAUAUAAAAAUAAAUACAACUUGGUAAACCUGUGUCUACAUGAGAGAAAUUUUUUACUGAGAGCUCAGUGGUUAUUUUUUGCGACCAGCCAUGGCAAAACAGAAUGCGAUGAAAUAGGGGGUACUGUAAAACGCAUAGCUCGGAGGGAAAGUCUUAAACGACCUCUGAUAAAAAAAAAAUUAUAACAGUGGCUGAACUGUUUGACUUCUGCAAGACCAGAAUUGAAAAUAUCAGUUUCCAAUUUAUUACUAAAGAAGCAGUUAAAUUGACUCGUCUUGCUAUGGAAAGUCGCUUCAAAGAUGUUCAAACUCUUCCAGGGACAAGAUCAUUUCACAACUUUCAGCCACAAAAUGAUUCACAAACAAUUGAGGCUCGAAGAAUUAGCAAGGAUGAAAAAGCAGCUAUUAUUUUUAAUUUAUUUAGCAUUCAGAAAAACUAUCUCGUGAAAUUAGAAGAUUUGUACCCUGGAUGUUUUAUUGCUUGUGUUUAUGACAGCUUCUGGUACUUUGGCAUGGUGAAUGAAAUAAAUGCUGAACAAAAAGAUGUCAAAGUUUCUUCAUCCCCACGGACCAUCACCAUCCUUUUUUUGGCCCAAGAAAGAAGAUACAUGUACUGUGCCCAUUCCUCAUAUUAUUGCUAUGGUGGAACCGCCAAAAACAAUGACUGGUAGAACCUUUCAGUUUUCACAAGAAUGUAUCACAAAUAUCCAAUCAAAAUUUGACAAUCUAGAAAAAUUUUGAAGUACAAUGACCUAACAGUGUUACAACCGCAAGAACUGUAAGCCUUAAUAACAUAGGAGUAUUGCAUGUGUAAGUAAACAUACUAAUGUUUUAUGUAGUGUAAAUUAAUAAUUAUAUUUAAAUUGAACUGCAAUCUCAUUACUGAGGUCAGUUCUGUUCGUAUUUGUGAGUGUAAAGGGAACAGGUUGAUGUCAUGGCAGGAAUGCAGGAUUAGACACCAUGGGAAACAGGAAGCAGCAAGUAAGGUACAUAAUUAAUUUUAUAAAAAGGUGUGUGGGAUACCAAAAGGAAAAUAUGGUAUUUUAAUCAUCUGUAUAUAAUUCAGAAACACAGGCAGGCAAAUAGCGGCCAAAGCAGCUUUUUAACCAAAAUUAAAUAAUUAACUCAUUUUUGUGUUUUGAAGUGAAAAAAAUUAUCAAAGGAGUAAAAAAACCACGAAUCAUACUGUUUAAUGUCGUAGAACAAAAAUAAAACAGAGAUUUCAUGAUUAUCCUUUUCCCUUUAUGAGAUUUACCAUUUUCCGUAAAACUCUACAUUUAGUUUCGAUAAUCAUAAAAAUUACACUUUGAGAUUUUAUUAUGGUUCGAAAUAAACAUUUAGUAGUUUUGUUCAUUUUUUUUUAUAUUAUUCCUGCUACAUUGAUCCGAACAUUAAAAAUUUUUCAGACAAAAUGGUUUGUAAAUAAAAAAAAAUAUGAAUUUUUUUCCAUCGGACAACAUCUAGUUAAGGGCGGCCAGAUGGUUAAAAUGCCAAUAAUCCAUAAACUUUAAGGGGCUGUAAAAUCUAAACCAUUCGAGAUAGAGCAAAACAAAUUGGUAUGGUUACUUGCAUCAAUGAAUAGAACAACCAGGCCAAGUUUCGUCAAAAUCUGAGACGGUGGGUGUCAUGGUGUGGUUGAACUGACAUGGAAUGAACCUGCAACAAAUUUCAAAUAGUAACAGUACCAGUGAAAGCAAAGAUAUUUACUGGGGAAAAAACUAAUAAAAGUGUAGAAUUAAAUCAAAUUAUGGAUUGAAACUCAGUUUUUUUUUUAAAAUGGAUGUUUAGAAAAUAGCAUUUAAAUUAAUUUUUAUGCAUCUUAUCUAAAGGGAAAAAAUGACUGCUGCUGCUCCCAAAUUACAUCAGCCAUUUUUCUGCUGCCACAGUGAUCAUUAGUCCCGUAAAAGUUGAUUUAUUUUUCCUUAAAUUUCGUUUUGAAAAAAUCAAAUUUCGGUUUUAUUUCAGUGUUUUGGUUUUUCAUGUUUAACUUUUGAGAAUGGCACGGCGUAUACUGCACUCUAAAGUCAACACUGUUGGCAAAUAAAAAUUGUAGGCUAGAAACAGCUCGGCAAGGCCCGGUGUCACCUAGCGCGCUGCCUCGGCACGGCCCGGUGCCUUGGCACAGCAUGUCUCAACUUAGUAUUCUUGUAAUAUUUCUUGCUGCUGUUCUUUGUCCCGUUGAUGCCGUAUUCACUUGCUCUGCGGCCGUGUUGCAUUUGCUGCGAAGUGUAGUUACGGCAGUUAAAGGUCACUGAUUUUGCUUAUCAAUCGGCGUAGUGCCAUGUGUUCAUGUUUACGAGUAGGUUGCCAAGCCAGUCAAACGUUGUUGAAAGCAUGAGGUUGUUAACCGUUCAACAUGAAAGGAAGAAUUUAAAAUUUAUAUUUCUCUACAAUAUUAAUGUAUAAAUACAGCUGUAAGGCGACAGUUUGCAGCAAAGAAGUGGGUUGAAAAUCAUGGAAGCUAUAAUGUGUUGAAAACAUCGCCGGUAUUUUUUAUUAACUUUGUGUUGAAGCUCAGGUACGUUUUUCUCUUUUUAAUUUGUUUAUGAUUGCAGUUACUGCUUUCGUUUCAAAUUGUCAUGAUUACGUGACGGGAAUACUGUAAAUAAUUAUUUACUUUCAUUACUACAAAGCGGCCAUGUUGGAACUUAGAAAAAUGGCGAUUUGCCGUCAAAGUCGUGUUUACUUGUUUUUUGCGAUGUCUUGCAUGGGUGGUCUAAUUCAUUAGCCAGAGUCUAAUUAUUAUCUCAGCACAAAAUACUCAAGAUAUUAAUAUCGGUUUUAUUUCUCGAUGCUGUGCGAUUUUGGUGUUUUGUCGCGAAUUAAGGUAAAUUGCGGUGUUAUUUCGCAAUAUCGCGAUACACGAAAUGUGUAUGCUUUGUUUGUAAGAAUUUCAGCAUACUGUUUUCAAAUUUUCUCCAGAGUAGAAACCUACUUUAUAUUUAUUGUUGUGAACCUGGCAUUUGGUGUACCCAUUUCAAAAUUUCAUGCUGUGCCCCUGUAGACACACUCUUAAACAGUUAAGCUUCUUCAAACAAUUAAAUGUCCAUCUUACAGAAGAUCAUGCAUUCACAUGGCACUUAAAUUUCACAAAUGAAUUUGAAACGUCAUUGACAGCUCACUGGAUAUUUCUUCAACUGAACUCCACUUAACAACGGAGCUUUCAAAAUUAUUUUAUUCAGUAGUUAUGGUGGUCAAAGUAAAUGGACCUGGAAAGCAAUUCCUGCAGUGCCUUUUUCACACCCUCUUUCCAUAAUGAUUUUAUACUGCUGGCCAGUAAACUUACCUUGUUAUUUAAUGAGUCUCACAGUGACAAUCAUUUAAUGAUUUUGUAGUUGUAUGAAAGGAUUUUGUGUAUUUAAAAGUAGAAGCAUUGGUUUGAUUAUGAUUUAAAUCAUAACUACUUUUUUACAAUACCAUACACAUUUUAUAUAAUAAUAAAGUAUCUGGAUAAAGUUUUUCAUUUAUUUCAUGGAAUGAAUUUAUAUCUCGACUGGUUUCUUUAAAAAAAUAACUGUGUCUACUCUGGUAGCUAUACGUUUUAUAUUCAAGUGUGGUUUAGUAAUGUGAUGAAACUAUUGUGGUGUGUGAACAUACUCUUAAACGGAUAAAAAAUUACAUGAGAACCAUGUGUAGUUAUUCCGAGGCUAGGGAAAUGGUUGCUCCUCCAACCACUGCUCCCGUUGAGCAAAGGGAUAGGUUUGUCCCUGGCAGACACACCGUCUCCUCAUUCUCAGAACUGAAUAGUUGCACUGAGGUGGAACCGGCAAACCUAGUUCUCUGGGUGGAAGAGGUGUGGCAGUACGGCCUCCCCUCCAGUGCCACAUGGGAUCACCAGGGAGACCAGCCCCACCGUCCCCAUCUCUUCUCGCACCACUAGGAAAGCAGCACUGUGUACGAGUCAUGGUUCCACUCGCACAAGCCAACUUGAACAUGAAGGAAUCACUACCAGAAACGCCGUGGGAUAGUGAAUAAAAAUGCAUCCAGAGAAAAAAAUCUUCUUAUUGCUCAGCUGCGCGUGAAUAAAGUUUUGUGGAGGUGUCCGUUGUGCUGCCAAAGACGUUUCGAGGACCAUUUUUCACUGAUGAGGCACUUGGAGGUGAUGUUGAGCGAGGUGUACUGUCCAGGCUGCUGGUUGUAUGUUGGAGGCGUGCAGAGCUUAUUGGACCACCUGCAGAAAGGAUGUCCUGGAGUGACGAACUUUUCCCGAUGUUCUGCCGGACCUUCACCGUCGGCAAAGGAACAAGCUUCAAGUUUGGAAGCAGUGCUGAUCGACUUGGAGGAGGAUGAAUUGUCAGAGACGGAGACAUCGGGGGGAGAGGGGCACAGGGAUGAAGACAGGGACCCCUCGCCUCUUGUCAGUGGCACGGCGGCCUGUCCCGAGCCCGGGCCAGACCUCUGCGAGGGAAGUAAGGAGCAGAGCGCAGUUGGCGAGAAGCAAGUCAAGGCACAGUCGUUGUUCAACUGCAGUGUCUGCUGCGUCACGUUCAGCUCUGUGGAAGAGCACGUGAGCAGGUACCACGCUGAGCAGGACGUCAUCGUGAAGCGACUGGGUGCAACUGAGGUUUGCAACGGUAAACAAGCCAGUUCAGAUGCUGCAGGGUUUGAUGGGAGUGUCUCGGAAGAUGCCUGUCCAAAGCCUGUAGCUCAGCAAAGCUCUGCAGAGAGCAACCAUGAUGAAGAUUGUGACCCUCUUAAACUUGUGAAGAAAAAGGUUAAGAAAAAUGUAAAACUAAAGCAGAAUCAUUUUAACAAAAAUUAUUUUCCCUCUAAUACUAAAGAGGUAAUUCAAAAAUGUCAGCAGCGCUACAGUAAGUUAAACGAUUUGAAUGAUAAGUCAGGUGAAAAAAGAAGAAAAGUACUGAAAGUUGCUCUCACAAGAAUAACAGAUAAAGAAUUAAAUAAACAUGUGCCAUCUUUGGAAGAAAAAAGACAAAAAAUUGGUGAGAGAGACGUGAGCAGGAUUUAUGCAUCUGUGAAGGAUGGUGAUAUACUUGGUACUAAUGCUCAUGAUAACCAAAUUGGUAGCGUCCAGCCUGCUAAUGACAAGGAAGUAGGUAUUUCCGUUCCUUGCAGUAAACAGGUUCCGAUCCCCAAGUCUACUCCAGCAGUGUUUCAACCACAUGCAGAAGUAGUCAAACCAGGAGUAACAAGAGGCAGUAUUUCUAGGUCUCUUGCAGCAAGAGAUGUCAUGGGUAAUGUGGGAACUCCCAUUUCCAGUGUAAGAGUUAAUUCUUCUCAGUCAUCGACUGUGUUUCGCAACUCGCUCGUUUCUGUGGAAUCAUCCCCUGCAGAAAGUACGGGCUUCAAAUCUGUUCCGAGUGUUCCACAGCAGUCUUCGUGCACGGGACCUCCAGCCGUUAGGCCACUGCCAGGGAUGUCGUGCGACUCUCGGCAGGUGCCGAACACAAACAGCUCGUCCGUCGUUGGGGGCGAGGCAAAUUGGGUCGUUGGUAAUUUUGUUCCAAAGCGUGACCUGAUGAUAUGUGAUUGUGUCACUAACCAAGCUGUGGACUUGAACAUAACCAAAAUUUUUGAUGAAACUGGUAGAUAUGUUCACGAUUUGUAUGUGUGUGUGAAGUGUAAAUUGGGCUUUGUGGAAUACAUGCUGUAUUCUAAACACAUUUGUGAGAAAAGUAACUUUGUGUGCUCCUGCUCCAAGCUUGUUCACAAUGUGCCAAAGAGAAGGAAAGUUUCCAACCACGUCGUCAUCUCGGAGCGAACGGUUCGCGAUCCGUACAAAACUGCGAGUGGUGGAGGCAAGGACUUUUUAACGAAUGUUGGUUCAUGGCGGAGAAAACUGCCAGUUACUACUUCGAAGACUUUGGUUUGCAGUGUUUGUUCGAAUAUGUUUUUGAGUGACGGGUCGUCGUCGCCGGUCCGGAGGACGACGAACGCUUCCGCGCACAACAACGUGCUGAAUAAUGCGGGUGGCACAAACUUGAAUUACAUCUGCAAGAUAUGUUCCAUUGUUACUGAGAAAAGACAAGGCCGAAUAUUAGUAUCAAAAGUAAGUGGUAAGACAGAGGAAGCCAUUGAAAUUGUUGUUAUAGAUCCUAAUGCAGACUGUGAUGCAGGCACUUAAAAAUUUUUUCUAACUUUUUUUAUUUUUUGUGUUGGUAGAAAAUGUCUUGAUAUAUGUUAAAUACAUAUUAAUUCCUUUGAGGUUUUUCAACAGAUGUAAUAAGUAGGGACAAGAUUUUAUCUGCUUAUUUUUAUACAUUGGCUUUAUUCAUAAAAUGGUGUAUUUUUCAACAAAUAGGAAACCAAAAUAUUUCUAUGUACAUACCUAUUUCACCAAAAUAAGCCUCAUUUUGACUGUAUGAUUGCACUUGACAAUUUAAAUAACUAUCAAUAAGCAUGUCUAAAACCAAAAUACUCAGAAAAAUAAAUAUGAAUAUGCAAAUUUUUGUGUGUUAGAAAAAUUUUCCAACACCAUUAAUGUAUGUAUUAAACAUUUUACUAAUAAGAGGUGCCAGAUAAAACAAGGUAAUAUUAAUUUUUCCAGUCCAUUUAGUGAAUAUAUUUUGGUUCAAAAUUCAUGCUAAAUAACUUACUUACAAUACCAAAAUAAAGGAUCAAAUUCUUCUAAUUUGAGUUCAGUUUUGUAAAACUUAUUGAUUUCAUGUUUUCAGUUAAAUUUUGGUGCUAAAUGGCGUACUUUUCAGUCUUAAAUGUUUCAUUGGCAUGCUUUGCAGUGUUAUUUUGGUUUUAUCACAAUUCACCAUCAUAUCUUGUCCCUUGUAAUAAGGGCACAUAAAGUGCUAAGCAAACUCUUUUUACCAGUGCAAAAAUAUUCUGAAGUUAUUUUUCAUUCCUCGCAAUUACUUCACACAAGUGUUAUACCAAGAUUUUAUGCAGAGUGUGAGCUAAUAUAAAUAAUGGUUCGGUGUGUAGCACGGCAAGAGGUGUGCACAGCGCUUUCAAUCUUACUGGUUUGUGUGGCAUCAGCUGUCAGGUCGUGCGAUUCUCCGAGCCGCUGGUGGAGGAAAGAGUUUUAUUCUCCGACUCAAUUUGUGAAUUGAUUUUUUUUUUGCAUGUGGAUGUAGGGCCAAAUUUCAUUCCAUUUUGUAUCCAAAUACGAAAAUUAUAUUAUAGAAUACUGGAACACUUUCAUUUACUAGGUCGCACGAAAGAUAUGUUUAUAAGACUCCUACACAAAAAAGUUAGAAUUUUCUUUUACUGUAUUGAAAUAUUAUUUUAUUCAAUAGUUUAAAAUGUUAACAGUAAAAAAAAAUACUUAUCUACACGUAUGGUGUCAUUGAGUAAGUCAAAAUUAGUGAUAAAAUAAUUGGCACAUUAUCUGGCUUAACAUCGGCACACAAUAUGAGAAAAUUGGCUAUCUUUUGAAUGAAUUGAAACUUUUUUACUAUCGAAAAAGUAGUAUUUAAACAUUUAAAGGUCUGUUAUAGUUAAGGGGCUUGCCUAGUAAAGGGUGUAUCUGUGUUAGUGAAGCGAAAUAAUAAGUCCAACGCUUGCUGGUGCUUCUAGCGCGGUAUCUCCUCUAAGCACAAGGCUUUGAACUGGGGCACAUUCUUCUUUGUCGUGCAUAGGGCUACAUUGAGAUUUCAGCGGUGACCAUGACAUUAGAUGACGGAGAAAUGAAGUUGAAGGUGUAUUAGAAGUUCCAUGCCUGUAGUACUUUCAAGAAUCUGUACCGGAUGUUUCAUGCCUAAAGUUAUUCUGAAAAAAACAUGUUUUAGCCAUUUUCGCUCUUCUAAAAAGUUAGUUUAAUAGCAAAAUACAGAAACAUAACUGCUCAUCCACCCUCAGCAUAUUCUUAAGCGGUUUUCAUAAACAUACAACAUUAGGAUAUUUUAAGCAGUUAUCAAAUUGUGUUGUUUCUUCUGAAGUUCUGCACACCAUAUUUGUGCCCAGGUUGGCAAGCCACCUGUUAAAAUGACUUCUCAGAAGUGAAUAUGUGUGUGACCAGCAUAAAAUAUCCUUAUAGUUUUAAAAAAAAAUUUAAAAACCCACUUUUAUCACUGAAUGAUCUAAUAAUUAAAAAAUAAAAUUUUUAUUUAAGUUAUUUGUCCAAUACCCAAAUAAUGCACCCCUACUCUGUAUAACUUACCCAUAUUGCCAUUAACGAACCCCAGGCACAUUUUCCACCAUAACCCAAUCUCGGACACCAAUAAUUGUGAUAAAUCAUUCCCCAUUGCAUGAAUCAUUUAAAGAACACUAUAGUGCUGGAAGUCGUGCAAUUUUAAUUUACAGUAGCCUUUUGCUAGAAGGCAUUUUGUUUUUUACAUCUUGCUUCAGUUUAUAGUUGCACAUUAAAUACAAAUACUAGGAGACUGUUCAUUUAUAUUUGGUGAAAAUUAUCUUUGAUAAGAUUUUAGCUUUCUAACAUAACAUGUUACUGUGAAUAUUAUAUUUAUUUCAUAUUUAUGUUUAAUUUUGCAUAUACUACACAAACAAUGACCCAGAGUUCAAAAAUAUUUAUUGAUAAUUUUAUUUAAAAUUGUUGAAAAGAGUCUUAAAAUUGGUUCAUCCUUUAGGCACCCUGCAUUUCGGUGACCAUAGUGUGCACCAAGGUUUAUGUGUAGUUGUAAAACAUCUACACGAGUUUGUCUCUGCAGAAUUUUUAUUAGAGAAGUUCAAGUACAGUUUUCUGAUGCUUGCGUAAAUAGUUAAAAAUAUUGUUUAUAGCAUUAACAUUUUUAAAUUGCUUUUAAAUUUUUUAUUGUUUAUUUAUUUAAUUAUCUUCCAGCUCCACGUAUAAAUAACGUGUGAGUGCAAUUGGAGAUAUUGAUCAAAAUGUGAACCAAAAUUUUGUUUUAAUGUGCUAAAGACCUGUAUAAUUUUUUUCAAGUGUGCAAAUUUGUUAAAAAUUUAUUUUAAAACUAUUUUCUAAUGUAGCUAGCACCUCGCUUUGAACAUAUAUUUAAAAAGUAUGGUCAUUUCAUGUAAUUAGUGUAGAUAAAUUUAAAUAACUUACUUAUUGCAAUAUUUGUAAGUAUAAAAUGUAUAUUUAUUUUUUGUACAUGUAUGUAUAUAUUAUUGAUAAUGAAGGUUGAUAUUUAGAGUGAGUGUUUUGUUUUAUAAUAUAAAUUUUUUUAAUGUUUUUUUUUUUUAAUUUGUCCUAUUUUCCUCUGUGUAUGUGAGGAGAAUUUUAAGCAAGUUUGAAGAUGAUCUACCUGUCUUAUAUAAAAGAUGGUCUUAAGUGAUGGUACUUGUGCCACUUGUGGUGUGCUGAUUUGCACAGGCUGCACACACACCAAAAACUAUGCCCCUGGCUGGGGAUGAUAACCAAAGAACAGCAGCAAUUAAACAACUACAUACGUAGUUACCUAAUCCGCGAAUUGUAUCCCUACUGCCGAAGUAACAUACUAUUCAUAACGUAAAAAAAAUCACGAAUUGAGUUGUACAGAAAAUCAAAUGCAGAGAAUACAUCUAUUCCAAAAUAUAUUUUUUUAAAAAUUGCCACAAGUUACCACUUGAUCAACUUGCAUACAUAAGCAUAAAUAAUAAAUUAGAUAAUAUACCAAGUAACAUGGCUGCAUUAAUGCCAGCAAAUAAAUAUUUUUAUAAGUUAAGGCCCUAAUUCCUGGCCAUAAAAGCAAUAACAAUUUUUUGUAUAUAAUGUUGAUACAAAUAAAAUUCAAAUAUUAAACUCUAAAAGCAUACCAGAUAAUUUUUUUAUAAGCUUAGCUGCUAGAUUAGAUCAUAGUGUUACAAAAAAUAUCUACUUCCAUGUUACGUCUUAGCAAAGUAUAAAAAAUAAUGGCCAGUUAAAUCGUAAAGAAAAUAUUUAUGCAGUAUUUUGGGGGAAAAACUUUGAGUCUUGUGGUUUCCUGAAACCAUUAUUUUUGGCUCACACAGAGUCUGGUAGUAUAAAAAAAAAAUUUUAUGAAGUUAAUUUUAUGAGUCUUUACCUUUUGCCCUUUUCAUAAACAUGUGAUGAGAUUAUUUCACACCGAUUGCUCUUGCUGCCACUCAAUCAGUAGUAAGUAAAACAAAUAUCUUUAAGUACUGUCUUUACUGUUAGGCAUAGUUCAAAGUUACGACCAAUGGAAAUGCCUGGGCCUUUACUGAAGUCUGCAAAAACACUAUUCACGCCCUGAUAUGGUCACCUCAGCGCAACAUCAGUGUUCAAAGUUUUGCUACGGACUCAAACAUGGACGAAAAGCUAUGGGCAAAUUCUAGUCCAUAUCAUUGUUUUGCGGACAGUGAAUAUUUACUAGUUUCAAAAUCUUUCUGGAUGUGUCAUCGCAGUGGUUACAUAAUAUUAGCCACAAAUCACCAGUAAAACCUUGCGACAGUGCUCUGGCAUACCCGAGUAGAGUUUAGGGUAAGCGCGCCCACAUUGCUGAAUACUACCACGCACAUUCGGUAGUCAAAUCGGGCCGGCACUCAGGAGUCGUAAAUAUGCGCACUCUUUUUCUCUGGGCUGACCUAAAAAAAGUUACGCAACCAAAAGGUUUUGCCAUCAACGAAAAUGUUAUGCCCGACGAAAAAGAAACCCAGGUGCUUAAACCUAUGCGGGGUGGGGCAGAUGACUUUCUCCUUGCCGCGGUGCCGUCGUUCCCGCGGGCCACUAGAAACCUGUCGAUGUCCCUGAUAGGCCCGUGUGCGGCAACGUCCGCCUCGGUGCCGUUCUGUGCCAGGCACUCCAAGCCUGCACCUUCUUGCUCGACAGCUCGCAUUGUUCGCCGCCGUGGCCGCCACCUGCAACACUACCCAGUCGCGCCAACUAUACGCACCGGAAUUCCCGCAAAGUCCACGAACUCUUAGCCACCUAACGUUCGCUCGUAAAAUCUAUUUACUGGGCCAUAAAAAAAACAUAGAAGAUAAUUCAUCUUUAGAGACUACCAGGCUGCGUUUUUUUAAACAAAAAAAAUUCAAUAACCUAAAAUUUAAUAAAGCUAUAAAUUAAACAGUGUACAGAAACCAAAGAAACUAAGUGCCACACAUUGUUGCAUGGAGUCCGCACACCCACACUAAUGCUGCCGUCACUGGAUGGAGAGCGGGUAAGAUUCCAAAAUGAAUUUUUAAGGGCGCCGUCUUCCCGGGCACACACAUGGUUUGCUGAGCUUAAGAAAAAACAACGAGAUUUAAAAACUACACAAGAUAUCCCAUUGGAGUCUGCUUACGAAAAAAUUGAAGAAUUCGCUGAGGGCCCAAAAGUACUUUUGGUUUCGGAUUAAGUUUUUAAACUAUAUAUUUUUAGAAGAGUUAAAACGGCUAAAAUGCGUUUUUAGAGUAAUUUUAGGCGUUAAACAACCGGUACAUAUUCUUGAAAGCACUUAAGGGACUUGCCUUGCACCUUUAUCCACAUUUCUCCGCCAUAUAAUGUUACGGUCACUGCUCAGAUUUCACAGUUUUCCUGUGACGAGGAGAAUGCGCGCGAGUUCAAAGCCUUGCGCUUAGAGGCUAUACCGCGCUAGAAAUACCAGCUAGCGGAAUAUCUGCAGAGACUGAUGGCAUUGACGAUGAUUUCUCUGUCGCUCGCGGAGCUUUGUAGGUUUAUGUAGAUUCAGAACCUCCGGUUACAGAAACUCGCACCAGCGGUGGUUCAGACGAGGUAGACGCACGAUCUCUACAUCCCUCAAUCCGUUCGAGCGCGACAGCUUCGGGAUUUUAUUUCAACCUCUUGACUAGCUGCGGUACUACAUAAACGAAAUCCCGCUGUAUUUUCACCGGGGAAUUUAGUCUGAAGGAAUGGAAUAUUGCGAGAUCUCGCGAUCUUUAAAUCUCUGUCACAAGUUGAAAUUUAAAACAGUAGAAACAAAUUUCUUUCCCCAAUAUUAUCUUGAUAAUUCAUGUUCAUCUUGAAAAUAUUUUAAAACGUCAAUAAUUUGUUAUAAAAUUUUUAUUUUAUUUCACUAUAAGAAAGUUUAACAAGGGAUUGUUUAAUUAAAAACAACAUCGUUGCCUACUAUGCAUAUAACUUCAGCAUCUUAAAAAAUUUUUUUCGGAACACUUUAUUUUUAGUGUGAAAGUGGGAAACGAAAGCCGAAGCGCAAUAAGUUGAAAGUUGGCCGUUGAAUGCAAUGUGAUUUUGUGUCUUGCGUAGUUUAUGAACGAGUAAGUAUUUGAAAACGUAGUUAUUAAACAUUUUGCAUCUCGCGCUACUUGCGUUUUUGCAUGGUUUAUAAACCCGGUUGUAAUCAUAAAUAAUAAUGUAAUCUCUUGUGGUUGACUGACGACUGAAAUAAAGAAUAAAUUAGAGUUGAACGUAUCGUUGACGUUCAGAUCGUUGGAGAUGACAAGGGGUGAUGUGAGAAUGGAGUAUUUAACAAAAAGAGAGUGAGAGCACAUAGCCUAAAAAAAAAAAAAAACACAUAGCAACGUCCGCCACAUUUACCACUUGAGAAAAAUCCGGGUUUGACUCCGCCGAGAAUCGAAUCCGAAGCUUAUUUGUAGGAAUUCACAAUUUGUAAUUUGUAAUAAACGUCUCAUUCCUGGUAGCAGGAAUAGUUUUCACAGGAAGUACAGUAUGUUCACAAAAGAAUUUCCCAAUUAUAAAUUUUAAUAGUAUCCACUGUAAGGGGUGUGUUCAAAGUCACUAUUAAAGAUUAACUCAAACCAUUUUAGAUAAGUGAAUGCACGAGUACUGCUUUGUUGUUUUCUUUCCGCGUGUAGUGCCACUUAUGUUGAAAGAAUAGCUCAUUCCUCAAUUAAUAGAGGGUGAAACUGUACAUUUUAUUUGGCUACAGGAAUACUCCCCCCCCCCCCCCCCCCUUCCCCCAUCCGAGUUAGAAUCUCUUUGUACGAGAGUAGUUAAACGUAUAGUCCCUGACCAUUGGAUUGGUCGUAAUGGUCGAGACAACAGAGCUCUUUUUCACUGGCCUCUACGUUUACCUGACAUAAAGCCAUGCGUUUCCCCCCCCCCCCCCCCUCCUUUGGGACUUUAUUAAAGAUCGUGUCCACGUUCCGCCGAUACCUAAUGAUUUGCCAGAGUUGAGACAGAAUUGAAGAGGAUAUUGUUUCCAUUACUCCGGACUUGUUAACCAAUGCGUGAGAAGAUUUCGACUUUAGGGUAGGAUGUGUGCCGUAUAACUGAAGGCGCGCAUAUUGAACAUUUGCAAGAAAAACUUGAGUUUGUUUACCUUCAAUUUGAUGUAUGGUUUGUUGUAAAUAGUAUAAAUUAAAUUUUUAUAACAUGCCAUUGAAAAUAGGACAUUCUUCUAUGGACGCCCGUCCACGUGAGACCAAGACAGUGGCGGAUCCAGAGGUUCACCUCGGAGGGGGGCACUCUAGGAUUUCAGAAUAGCCAGAGAAAAAACUGUCUUAAGAUUACUAAAUUUGUAUUUAAUCUACUCACACUACACAUAACAUCCAACCACCAGAUUUUAUGAUUCUACAAGAAAUUCAUUAAUUAUAUUAAAAUAUUUUAUUGGUUUCAGAAACAAUCAUUUUUGUCGGCAAUAUUAAUGUAGCAGACAACUGGUUUUUCGGAGGGGGGGAGGCACUUGCUCCUGGUGCCACCCCCCCCCCCCUUCGAUCCGCCACUGGACCAAGACGAAUGGAUUCUUCAUGUCAGGCGUGUGGAGUCGAUCGACGGGUGGUGGCAGGCAGAGAUAGGCGGUAUCGCGGGUAGCUCGCACGGGCUGAUAUGAAAUCUGACGAGAGUGACGGGCGGCAGGACCUCUCGGCGGGGUCGAGAGGUCGGCAAACACGGCCAGAUAAUGGAGUGCCAUAUGCCCUGGGGGGCGCGCACCGGCCAGUCCUGCUCCGCCGCUCUUAGCCGCUCGUCGCUCGUCGCCCGUCGCGUGAGUCGCUGUGCCCGCCGCUGCCGUCUCGUGGCUCUCGGUCGGUACACUCGACCCUCGCAGUCUGCUCGUGCACUCAAGUGGACAGCGUAACAAAUAUAUUAUAAUAGCUCGCGAGAAAAAAGUUUUGACAGUUUUCAGUUUAAAACACACCCACUUCACAUUUUCACACACCUCUAAUCACUAGGGACCGGAAAAAAAUUCGCGGGUUCAAUGAACUCCAGGAUGAACUCCAUAGUUCUACGUACACUUUGUCAAAUGUCACCCACUCAUUGGCUGCUGUCUUGUGAGACGUCACAACGUAGCAGCAGCCUGUGAUUCGAUGAAGCUUUGGUCGGGUGUUUCUCAUUGGCCCAGAGUCAUCCAGGUGAGUUGUGAGCCAAUAGCAGAGGUAGCACUGAGGUAUAACUAUUUGUAUUUUAUCCUAUCGCGAAAUGAAUUCGCGAAUUUUUCCGGUCUCUACUGAUCACAUUUCGUGUAACCCCUAUGCAUACAAGUUCGCCGCCUAAGAAUAUAACGGACGCCUCGGCCAUAGGGAUAAGGAACUUCUGAUACGCAAUGCGCGUAGCAGUUUAAUUAAUUACAGGCGCUUUAGUAGACAUCUCCGGAAAAAGUUUAAGCAAUCUCCGUACUCGAGUCGAUAAAUGAUGGCUACCAUUUUCUAGGACUUUUUUGUUUGAGUCAUUUCGGUUGAUUUAAAGAGACGUGGGUCAACAAUCACAGCAAAAAAAAAAAAAAAAGAAAUCGCGAUUGCCAACUUGUUUAAUUUCCAGGCGAACUUCUAUGCAUAUAAGGAUAAAGAAACUGGCGCAGCGUUAAGAAAAGUGUUUGGAACGGAAUGGUGACUAUGCGAAAAUGUGAAGUAGAUAUGUAGUAAACUAAAACUGUCAUAAAAAAACUUAUUCUUGUGAAAUUUUUUUUAAUGAUCAAACGGAGCUUACUUUACGAAUAUCACUCGUAACUCCAUGAUACUUGGAGUUUAUCAAACCUUGAAUGUGUGUAAUAAGGUGUUCUUACAUUGUAGUGAACAUCAUUCUUAUGACUAUGAAAUAAAUAUUAUUUUACUUUUAUUAAUAAUUAUUAUAAAAUAAGCAUACAUUAAUGUUCUAGAGAGGAAGAUUAUUACCACACAAAACAAUCUAAUUAAUAGUUAAGUAACAAUAACAAAAAAACUGUAACUAACAAUAUCUUAGGAACUGACAAAGUGUGACUGACAGUGUUAAAUAGACAUCGUUAUUGCUUCUAUGUCCGUGAGAAUUUUAAGGGUGCAUGCAAGGGGUGGAUCGAGUGUACGGAACUAUCUCUAUCACCCCUCCGCCGUUUUUUAAAUAGCAUUCUUGUGUUUUAGAUGUAAAUGUAGAUCUCCAUAAUGAUAAUAUCUAUCUGGAAAACCAGCCCCGUCAAAUCCACCAGGUCGCUCAGAUUCUAUAAUUAUUUUUAUUCUUAUAAUUCACGCACAAUACGACCUCUUCCAUCUUCUUAAGGGCGCAUAUCCCGUCCCAAUUCAUUAUUUUAUACUGACGUUCCACGCGGUUGAACUAGCCGACCUUUUGAGUCGCCAAACUUUCAAAAAUAGAAAGAAAGAAAAAGGAUGUAUCGCAUACUUUUUACACAAUUAGCUGCCAUAGUUACAUUUUUAACGUUUUGAAAAAAAAAAAAGGAAAAAUAAGGAGGUUGAAAUG